AUGAACCUAAUUUUACGCAAGCAAGAAGCCAUCCUCAUGGCCCCGACGGGCACCGCUGCUGAUAAUAUUGGUGAGAACACGUACCACACGUCACUCACUUGGUAUCUCCAUCAACCGAUCGCUACGGACGGCAAUGAGUGCUCGUGUCCGAAACCUCCGGACCCGAAAGACCGUUAUGAUUGUGGACGAGGGACUGCACCGACUUCUUUCGCGGCCUACGGGUCGUGA